CCCUUAGUUGGGGGGCAGGGGGAUGCCGCCAGCCGGAGUCGGAUGGGAACGGCAACCUACAACUUUUGCUCCAAGCCGCUCCCUGUUUUUAAAUGACAAUGUAAUGAAGCUACGAAGUCAUCUGAGAAAAGGGACGGUGGACUCAGUCGGCAAGCAAACCAUUUCUCUCCAUGCGUCCUGUUCCCUUCCUCCUGCCCCAGCCCACCUCUCCCAGACUGUUACGUGGGACACCCGCCUCCCUCUGCCCCCGUUCUCUGUCCACCCUGCCAGCCGGGGGCGCCGGUGGAGAGGCGGGAGGCUCGGGGCACCUGCGCGCGCUCGGCAGCAGGAGCCCCGGGCUUCGGCACCUGCGCGGCCCGGCUGCCCCAUCUGCCCCUGUGCUCCAGGCUGCCCCAGCUGCAGCCCGGUCCGUCACCACACGUGCCGGAAUGUGCCCGCAAGCAUCCCGUGGUGUUUCCGUGCCGCGCUUGGCUGCCGGCUUCUCCCUUCCUCCGUGUCCCUCUGCCACACUCCUGCUCGCUCGAGCAGAAGCAGCCUCUGGUUGUCCCUCCACUGCUUCGCUCCAUCCGGCUUCCUGCUCUCGGAGUCUCCCGGGGAGCUUGUGGGGGCGUCCGUUUUGUUUGGGGGUCCUCUGUGCCCCCCCCCCCAAGCCGCAUGGCCUGUGAUGCUGCUGUGCCGUCAGGUCACUUGGGUCACGUCUGUGAAUUCGUUGCGCCCCUCCCUGCUGCUGCCUGGGGCCUCCUGCUUUCCGUCCACUGUCCGCCGUUCUCAAUCCCCGUCUCCCCUCCCCUCCCCCCCCCCGUGGCGGGUGGUCCCCAGCACUCCUCUGGAUUUGACCGGAACGGUGGCCCCAGCUGUUGACUUCCCAGUCACUGUACCAGACGGCCGGCACAGGGUUUUCUGUAGGAAAGCUGCCGUGGUCCCCGCCCCCUUUUCCUUUGUCCCAUUGUCGAGGUUUUUUCAGACAGUGUGGUGUUCCGUAUGCAAAUCAAUUAUUUUAAGAAUUGCUUUUGUAAAUAUCUUUGUGAAUAUUUUAGUAUUGUCUUUGAUAAUAUUUGACAUUUUCAUGACCUGGUUAUAGCCUUUGCUGGUGUUUUUAAAAUACCUUGACUCAAUGACAAAGACCGAGUCCUUUUUUUUAAAAAACAACAAACAAAAACAAAAAAGCAACCAGGGCUAUUUGUACAGAUGAAGGGACAAAGUACAUGGGUGAGUGAGGUCAGGCCGCCCACUGCUUAGAGCCAUCCCCAGUCGGCUGGUGGGGACUAGACGAUGCCAGGUAGCAUGUGGCCAUCCUGGCCCGGUGGCCAAGAGCCCUGGCGGGUGGCCACCCUCUGUGUUAGGCCAUCUGGGAAUGUUCUGCCCCAGACAGACUUACAAAUGCCUUCCUUAGAAGUUCCUGCUUCCUGCUGUGCUACUUUUUUCCCAGAAAGGCCUGGGGUCCCUUCUGGUUCUUAUCGGGUGUCCCCACUCUGCUCACCGACCUACCCACAGCUUUCUAGUACAGAGGGUCAAUCUGCUCCCCACAGCCCGGGCUCUGGGCACCUCCCUCAACCAUCUCUGCAUGGAAGCCAGGGCCUGGUUCCCUGAGGCAGGUUUCCUGGGGCCCCUCCCACGCGAACCUCCACCAGCAAGUUGGGCAAAGAGCUUUCCCGAACCGUGGUGCCUGAAGCCCGUGCUCUGGGGACAUGCUCUCCCAGAGUGAUUUUGGAGCCAGGCCAGAAGGGUGAGGGAGGCAGAAAGGUGUCUGGGGCUGGAGCAAGCCCCGGCUGGUGACAGAUUCAGGUGACAACAGCCUCCCCGAGCCAGGGCGGCCGGUUCUGAACUCUAGGGAAGAUGCUUCCCUCAUCCUUUUGGACGACUACUUGGAGCCAUAAGUAACCUCAGCAAAAACGAGGCCUCAGCAAGCCACUUCUCCAUGACAAGCACCCACCCAGGCCGUAGACGCGUUUCUGCUGCCACUCCACGAGACGGACAGGGUGUCAGCGGGCAGGCGGGAAGGCCCGAGUACAGGCAAUCACCCCAUCUCCUUGGUUCGAAGCUUUACCCGUGUAUCAUGUUCCCUGUAGCCAUUUUAUUUUUUAAGAAACUUCUAAUACUUUCUCCCUCACGGAAGCCCGAAACCCCCCAGAGAGCUACCCGUCUGCUCCCUCGACCUGACCAUCUAGACAGGACGACGUCAGCAGCAGCGACUCAAGGGACAAGGGACGUGUGUACAUAUGUAAAUGAGAAAUAGAGACACGUUAACAGAUGCAUUCAUUUCCCUUGGAAUGUGUAUUGUUUUUAUUUUACGGAACAAAACAAAACAAAACAAAAAAAAAAAGGCUUGGAACUCCAUCUUAACGUGGAAAAACUAGAUCCUGUUUGUUAGCGUUCGUGAGGUCUCUCUUCACAUUUGUCUCAUGUAAUAUACUCUGCCCCUGUGUGGAAAGGAAUUUUUGUUCUGUUUUGUUUUUAUUUUACCUACAUGUACUAUUUAGCUUCAGUGUACUAGUCCUGCCACCUGUGUAUUUUUAGGGUGCUAUGGAAAUAAUGAAAAGAAACGGGGAUUUCAGAAGAAAAUUGUAACCAAAUUCAUACUUUGUAUAAUUUUUUGAUAUCAUGAUUGCAGGUGAUUCACACGUACACACAUAAACACACCCACAGUGCAGCCUGAAGUAACCCCCACAGAAACUGUCAUCACCUUCGUACAUCUAUGUACAGUGCAAUCAUUUCAUACUUUAAACUGGUCAGAAAACUAAUUGUGAUUUCUAGUCUUGCAAAGCUGUAUGUAGUUAGAUGAUGUGACAACCUCUAAUAUUUAUCUAAUAAAUAUGUAUUCAGAUGAAACCUGUAUAUUAGGUGUUCAUGUGGUUAUUUUGUAUUUAAAGAUCAAAUUAUUUGACUAUUGCUAGACAUUUCUAUACUCUGUUGUAACACUGAGGUAUCUCAUUUGCCCAUGUUAAUUGUUUUUUAAAUAAAUUGA